AUGGAUGAGCUAUCCCCAAACCCCAGUGCCAGGGAGGAGGAAAGCAGUGCCUUGCUAACUCAGGGAUUGGAAUUGCCCAUGGAAAGAGGGCCACGCACACCAGACCAAGAAAUUCUGACUGACUCAUCCAACACGAAUGCCCUGGAUUCCUGGAUAUGUUCACACCAGGCAACAAAAAUUCGAACUCAAGUGGGCAAAGCUGCGACAGCAAUUGGUGAAAGUGAAGUCGCCAGAGCGAGCAGACCAGGGAUUCAGCUGGAUGAUCACGUAUCUUGCUACAGUUCCUCAGGUCUGACUACAAGCAACCCAAAGUUUUUUAAAUCCUAUUCCUCCUGCUGCUCCAUCCUUAGUGAUGCACACACCAUUCCACCAGUUUUACCCCAAAACAGAGGAAUCCUCGGGCAGAACUGGGACUCCAGGCUGCCUUUCCCACUUCCUUCUGACUCCUUCAAGUACCUUGGCUGGUGUGACAUAGAGGAACACGGUGUCCAAGGAAAUCAGCUCCGCUGCCCCAGAGUGAGGGAAGGGCCCUCAGAAGAAGAGCUGUUUUUCAGAAAAGAAGAACACACUCUGAAAAAAAGAAAACAAGUAACUGACACAGAGAAAUGGGAAAAGAGGCUGCAAGAGAACUGGGAAAACUGUGCUGAGUUGAACCUUUCCUUCCAGGACCUGGGUGAUCUUUACCAGGUGGAAAACUUCAAAAGAAUCCUCCGAAGAUUAAUUCGGGUGGAAAAGCUUUGGUUGGUGGACAAUUCUUUGACAGACCUAAGUGCCAUAAGGUUGCCAAGAUGCAGAGAGCUAAAUGCAAAUAAAAACCACUUUACAUCCUUCAAACAGCUGCCAAAGAUCCCUCAGAUUCAGCACUUAUCUCUUGCUGAAAAUAACAUCACGACCCUAAGUGGGAUUUCAGACUUCAGACACACUCCACUUGAAUCCCUCAUCCUCAAGAGGAAUCCCUGUGAGUUCCAGGAAAGAUACAGACAACUUGUGUUCUCCAAUUUGCCAAACCUGAAAAUACUGGAUGGUAUCCCAAAACUGCCAGAGGACUGUUCACCCCCUGAUGUCAGGUUUUUUUACAGAGUCUGCACUAUACUCUAGCACUGUGUUUUUGUAGGAUCACAACUGUGCUACAACCACCUUCCUUAAAAGAGACAGUAAAUCCUGCUUAUGGAAGUUCUUUUUUUUUUUUCUUUACUGGUCAAAGAGACUUUGAAACAGAAAUAAAACAUUUUUGAGUGCAUUUGUGAUAGCAAGUAUGGAUAUGGGUACAUAAAUAAGACAAUGUUAUACUGAA